CGGUGGCUGACAAAAUCAGUCAUCUUCGAUCGGAAGCAAACAGAGAGUCUCAAAUCAAUCCAUUUUCGUCAGUAUGGCGACGACGUCGUUCCUAUCGCCGACGCAGCGGUACGGAGCCGGAGCUCUGUUCGCCCUGGCCCUCCACCAGGCUCAGAUGCACCAGACCCGGCCCCUCGGCAUGCUGGACCCCGAUGGGGAAGACGACGGCCCCGGAGAAGAGCGGCCCAGCAGCGGCAGUAGCAGCGACUCCGUCUCCGAGGACCCCGAUCUCUGGGUCCACGAGAACUCCGGCCUCCUCCUCCCCGUUUUCAGAUUUCUUGAUAUCGACAAAGUUGCGUGGCUUGGGCUUGAAGAGACAGCUGGAUCUUCUCCGGCAAAGCAUCACGUUGGAGCAUUCUUAAGGUUACUUGCAGAAGACACCAGUGUUAACUCUUCUGAAAGUUCAGAUCAGCAACUUGCUUUAUCAAAAGCUAUUGACAGCCUGACGCUUAGCAUGGAAACAAAUCCUGCAUCUUCCAAGUCCAAGAAAGAGAAACACCAGGAAUAUGAAAACGAAUGCCGAGAGAAACUCUCCACGAAUGAAGCAAAAGUGAACUCCGAAGCUACAGUUACAAUGCCAGAGACAAGUAGUACAUCAAACAUUGAAAGCCCAUCUCCUGAUUUGACCUGUGCAUUUGAAGAGGAACCUGUGGAAGAAGUUAAAAUGCUUAGUUAUGAGAGGAAAUUGGCGGUUCUUUAUGAGCUUCUUACAGCUUGUCUAGCAGAUAUUCGUGACAAUGAUAAGAAAAGUGCUCGGCGGAGAAAAGGAUACGAUGCUCGACAUCGGGUGGCUUUGAGGUUGUUGGCUACAUGGCUUGAUAUCAACUGGGUGAAAAUGGAAGCAAUUGAGAUGAUGGUUGCAUGUUCUGCAAUGGCUGUGGCGAAAGAGAAAGAAAAGGAAGAAGAAAGCCAAUCACCAAAAAGCUCAUGGGCAAAAUGGAAGCGUGGGGGAAUCAUUGGUGCUGCUGCAUUGACAGGAGGAGCAUUAUUGGCUAUUACUGGUGGGUUGGCUGCCCCAGCAAUUGCUGCAGGUCUUAGCGCUCUAGCUCCUACACUGGGCACUCUCAUUCCAGUGAUUGGAGCCAGUGGGUUUGCUGCAGUUGCAAGUGCUGCAGGAACUGUCGCUGGCUCUGUUGCUGUAGCUGCAUCCUUUGGAGCUGCCGGAGCUGGACUUACAGGAACCAAAAUGGCUCGGAGAAUUGGCAGCGUUGAUGAAUUUGAGUUUAAAGCCAUUGGGGAAAAUCAAAACCAAGGGAGAUUAGCUGUAGAAAUCUUGGUCUCUGGUUUUGUGUUUGAUGAGGAAGAUUUUGUGCGCCCCUGGGAGGGACAAAGUGACAACUUGGAAAGGUAUGCAAUUCAAUGGGAGUCCAAGAAUCUGAUCUCUGUGAGCACUGCGAUUCAGGACUGGCUUACUUCAAGAAUUGCGAUGGAGUUGAUGAAGCAAGGAGCAAUGAUGACAGUCUUAAGUACUCUCUUAACUGCAUUGGCUUGGCCAGCGGCAUUACUUGCUGCUACCGACUUCAUAGACAGUAAAUGGACGAUUGCUUUGGACAGAUCUGAAAAAGCGGGAAAACUUCUUGCAGAAGUAUUGCGAAAAGGACUCCAUGGGAACCGGCCUGUGACGCUCAUAGGAUUCUCUCUUGGAGCUCGAGUUAUUUUCAAGUGUCUUGAGGUUUUGGCUGAAACUGAACACACUGCCGAAUUUGUUGAAAGAGUUGUUCUUCUGGGAGCACCGAUUUCGAUUCAAGACGAGAACUGGAAAGCUGCUAGAAAGAUGGUGGCAGGAAGAUUUGUGAAUGCAUACUCCACUAAUGAUUGGACACUGGGAUUUGCUUUCCGUGCAAGUAUGUUUUCGAAAGGAUUGGCGGGAAUCCAACCAGCUGAUUUUCCCGGAAUCGAAAAUGUAAAUGUUACGGAACUCAUUGAAGGCCACAGUUCCUACUUGUGGGCCACACAUGAUAUUCUGGAUCGUCUCGAGUUGGAUACUUAUUAUCCCACUUUUCGCAUCCCUCCUCCCAGAAACUCGGAAAACUCAAGCUCGAAAAAGUCGCCCUAACGCUGCAGCAUGGGUCAUGUGGGGUUUGGUGCCAGCUUCCUUAGAUGCAAUAAACUCGUCUUUCCAUUCAGCGAGUCCAUCAAAUUUUGAAGCCUUUCCACACAUCGCAGAACUUGAAGUUUUAUGAGACCAAAAGGUUGGUCAGAGUUCGUUCGAUCAGAGGGGAAAAGAAUUCGUCGGGUAACUACAGUCGAGCUUUGGAGCCAUGAUUUCGUUUCCCUUUCCUUUUAUACUGCUCUCCCUUAUCGUAGUAUAUCCGGUUCGCGAAAUUGGAUUCUCAUAGUAACGCUACAUCAGCCUCCUCCCCAGUGUAAUUACUACAUAGGAUACCUCCACGAGGACAUGCAUUUCACAUGUUCUUGUACUUACGAGUUGCACGAUGUGCUGUUAAUAUAUACUUAUGUCUUGAUUGAGAAAAUGCAGUUGUUGAUCGCGAUCA